GGAAUGUUUUCACCAGCCAACCCCGUCACGUUGCUAUGAUGCUAGCUCGUCUUCAGACAGUAGAUAUUGUGUGGCUCUUGUUAGCAUUCUGCUUUCUGAUCGCUUUCAGUGUUUGUAAACUCUCCCUCAGGUUACCAGGUGACUUCGAGCUUCUUUUCCAGGCUCUUAUACGAUACGGAAAAACUAAAGCCGAGACCCAGCAACCCAGAACCUUUACUUUACUUUAUGUUCCGAAAAGAUGGUUCUGGCACUUCUACGCGGUUUCUGUCCUCUGGAAUGGACUUCUCCUGGUCUUCUCCCUCUGCACUGUGCUCCACGUGAAGCGGCUUCCUGACUUCCUGACCGAUCUCCUUACUUUCCUGACCGGAAAACCAAACACUUCUUGGAGCGAAGUAAAGCUGACAGUCUUGGUGUUACAAGCUCUCCUGUGGAUCCAUUCCCUCAGGCGCUUGCUGGAGUGCUUCUGGGUCAGCAUCUUCUCUGAUGGACACAUCAAUGUUGUUCAGUAUGCGUUCGGACUGAGUUAUUACAUCCUGCUAGGGUUGACUGUGCUGUCUGUAAACACCUCACUGCCUACAGAAGGGGCAUCUGUUCUGACCUUCUCACAGCUCAUAUGGCACGUAGCAGGAGUCCUGCUGUUCUUCUGGGCUUCACUGCUGCAGCACCGCUCGCUCUCACUGCUGGCCAGCCUGCGCACUAGCAGCUCGGGUCAGGUGCAGACUCUGGCCCACAGGAUACCACGUGGAGGCUGGUUCGAGCUGGUGUCCUGUCCUCACUACCUGGCAGAGCUGCUGAUCUACACGGCCCUGAGCGUGUGCUGCGGCUGCGUCUCGGUCACCUGGUGGCUCGUGGUGCUCUAUGUUCUGUGGAACCAGGUUCUGGCAGCUCAUCUCUGUCAUGAGUAUUACAGAAGCACGUUUAAAGCAUAUCCCUCUGAGCGCAAAGCCAUCGUCCCGUACUUGCUCUAAACAGCUCGUUUUUUAAAAGAUAUUAACAUGUAAAAAUUGUGUGAUUAAAAAUGUUAUCAGUGAAAAAAGAAAUGAGUUUGUAAUGAAUCUACAACAUGCUAUUGGGCUCACACCUAAAACUUCUCCUCACUCUGCUGUACGAAAACAUCUGACUUUAUUAUUCAAGGGGAAACCACUUAGCAACACCCUAGCAACCGCCUAGCUUACACCUGGCAACACCAUUGAAACUACCUGGAAUACAAUAGCAACCAUGUAGCAUCACAUAAAACACCAUAGCAACCACCUGGGAUACCACAGCAUCCAGCAACACCCUAGAACCAGUUUGGAUAACCAUGACAUCUGCCUAGCAACAUCAUAGCAACCGCCUGGAAUUACAUAGCAAACUCUACCUAGCAGCAACCACCUGAGGUAUAACAGCAACCAAUCAGCUUCCACCUCAUAAUGUUCAUAUGCUCAUGAAUGUCCAUGCUCAUAAUGUUAUGAUCAGUGUAUUUAAAAUAAAGAAGUUGCAUGGUGUAGAUCCAGUACAUCAUUACACAUCAC